AUGUCGACCACGACGACGGAAGAUGGCGACGAACAGGUGUUCUUCGACGCGGAAGCGAUCACGUCGCAGAACCUGGCUGGCGCUGGGAUCGACAUGGGAUUCAACGGCUUUGGGCUGGAGGAUGCAAGUGAUAGGACUAGCGUCAGGAAUGCUUCGAAAUCACCGCCGACCGUGGUGGAGGUGGAAGGCAAGCUUGAAGGCGCCGCAACACCUUCGGCGUCGUGCAGAAAGCGAAGAAAGAGUGUGAGGUCGCGGUACAACAGUGUGCAGGAAGAAGAAUACAACAUCCACCCGGUACCUCCGAUACCUCCUCGUUUCCUUGGCGUGGCUGGGCGGGACCCGCCGAAGCUGCGCGCUGAUAUCACGCAGCAGCAGGCGCGUCCGGCUUCCUCUCCCUCCACACACACACGCAUACACCAAAUCGAAGCACCGGAAGGCAAAUCUGCUCCAAACACCCGAAACACUGCCAGCACUACUGCCGCAGGAGAGAAAGCACCAAAGCGCAAGCCCAAACAUCUGCAGCUCCGCGAUCCCACCCAAUUUCCGGCAGGCCACCUUGUCCACUAUGAGUUGACUAGGACCCCCGUCGCGAACGCUUCGACUCCCUUGCUGGAACUGCGCAAAUCAGCUAGAUCCUGUCCUGCGUCGCCAACAAGACCGGACCGGAGCAUAGCAGCAUUGACCAAGGCACCAAGGAGUCGCACACCACCAACAGCGUCUUCCAAAAUGUAUCGCGCACCCCCAAACAACUUCGAUAAGACCGACCUGUUCAUGGAACUCGGCGCAGAAGACAACCACAGCCAGCACAGGCCCAUCACCGAGGGUCUUCGCCGCUCAAUGUCACGGGCUUCAAACACCAACAAGCGCAUGUCACUGCCCGCCAACCUGGCCACCGACAGCCGCCCGAGCACGAGCGGAAACAUCUACACGCGUCCAGCCUCACGUCUCGAAAACCUGAGAGCAGCCAUGGACGUUGCCCGCUAUGCUGAGCCCCGCCGCCUCUCAAAUGCGCGUGCAGCUCCCGAAAAAUUCGAAGAGAACGCGUCUAUCGCUUCACGCUCGCAAUAUGGACGAGCGCGUGGCUACUCGGCGCUUCAAGACCGGCCUCCGUCGCGAAUUCUCGAACGCGUCAUGUCGCCAGCUUCACAAGCCUCCACUCAGUUUGGACGUAGACGGAAUACAUCUUUCGAUACCGCCCUGUCCCGACAGAGCGACGAAAACAAUCUUGUCUUCAAUGACACCCUUGAAUCGCACGACUCCUCCCCGCCAGCGAGCUCAGAUCCGCAGAGGACCGACUCAUCGGUUGAGUCGCAGACAGCUGAUACUGUAUGGGAUGAGUUGGACGAGCUGAAGAAUCGUAUUAAGAAGUUGGAAGGCGGCAAGACUCCGCCCACAUCAAGUGCUGCAGCGUCGGGAGAAUCAAACGAACGACCACGCACAGCAACAACGGCACCCACGACCAUUGCCUCUUCACCAAAACAUGUGCGUAAGCCAGAGGCAGACUCCGAAACUCUUCAGCAGACUCCCAACCCGCCAUCAGAAAACACGAUCGGUGGUUCAACGGCUGCAAACGUGCACCCACUUCUACAAGAUGCGCUCGCGAGAGCCAAGAAUUUGUUAAGCUCACCUGUCUACCGAACACUCGAAGCCACUGUUCAUGAGUCCAUGCAACUGGCAGCCGCCACAGGCGCCGCCGGAUCACAAGGCUCAAAUCCAACUUCUGUUUCUAUCAACGAUCGUCAUGUACGACGCAAAGCGGACAAUAUCUGCCGCAAUUUGACCGACUUGUGCAUUGCCUUGUGCGACAGCAAGCAAGAACCAUCUACUGUUGUCUCUUCGCCAGCCGCUGUCUCCGGUCCAGCUGCACGGGCCAUACCAUUGUCUUCUCUCAGAAACACGCGCAGCACAAGUCUCGCCGUCACCACCAGACCUGCUACUCGGCCACAGAGCCGACUUGAAGUACGAAGAAGCAGCCUUUUCGCAUCUCUCUCACCGCAUACACCACGCGGAGACUUUGAGAGCAUCAGUCCUCGCACUACCAAUGUCGACGACUACUCAGCAUCUGAAGCUGAUUUCACUCCAACGCACCCAAAUACACUACCAGCUCGCCGCCUAAGCGCUGUCCCUCAAGACACAUUGCGCAGCCGGCAGAAUCCAGACUAUUCGAGCGCCGAGGAGAGUCGCUCUUUCCGAGCCCCAUCCAGAGCAAUGACCGAUCUUGGUAGUCUCCGGGCAAAGUCGCGCCUCCUCAGCGAGGACAGAUCUCCAGGCGCCCAGCGUCGUAGUCCGUCACUUCGCGAGUGUCUAGCUGCCAAGAGAAGCAACGAUUCUAGUUUUGAGGGCAGUCGCGUGGGAACGCUUAGCUCUCGAAGAAAGCUGCUAUUCGAGAAGACUCCGCCUGUGGUCGAGGAGGAGGUCACCGCCCCAGAGCUGCAGCAGCGACGACCGUACAGCAAGGCAUUCGCGGCGGACAUACCUUCCCGCCGAUCAUCUUUAAAGCAGCAUCGACGGCAGGUGGCGGUGGAAUAGUGUUCACCGCCCCUGCCAUUUCCGUCAAUUGACGAAGUGAUUUUUGGGAACCAUUGAGCGGAAACGCUCCUAAAUAUCAUUAGCGCGGCGCUGUCGGGAUUUUGUUUUGGAGUUUUGGGAGUUUUUGAUUUUUGGAGUUGAUACCAGAGGUGAGGUGAAGACCACCUCACACGAGAAACGGCUGUAUUACUAUUAUUAUUAUCAUUAUUGUAUUACCACGAAUGAAUGAGCAUG